AUGGGCGUCCGCGAUUCUGGCGAGGCGACGGGGACGCCCGAUCCCGUCGAGAAGGGGUUCGCCACCCUCAACACCAUCCGGAUCGGCGUAAAGGCCAUGGUGCAAAAGGACGGAGAGCUGCGGAAGGCCGAGAUUUUGUCAAUUCGCCAGCGGAAAGACGGACCGUCGUUUUACGUGCACUAUGUCGACUUCAACAAGCGUCUUGAUGAAUGGGUCAACUCUACGCGAAUCGACCUCUCCCAAGAGGUCGAAUGGCCCCAGCCCGAAAAGGCAGAGAAGAAGAAAGCCGCUGCCAACAAGGCGGCGCCGAACAAGAACAUCAAAAACCAGCGCGCCCGCGCAGACAGCCGCGAUGUAUCGGGAACACCCGAUGCAUUGGGUGGCAAGAACCUGAACGUCGGGAAAGCGCCACGAGCCUCCAAAGCCGGAGGCAAAGAGAAUCGCGGCGCCGAGACGCCUGGCGGCGACACCUCCCUCUUUGGUUCCGAGGCCGUCUCCACUGUUGGGACACCCAAAGCUGCUGAAUCCGAAGAUGUAGACAUGCCAGAUGCAGACGGGAAGGAGGAAGAUGUCCCCACCACUGGGGGGAGCUGA